UGUAUUCUCACUUAGUCCUUAGCCACUCCAAUAUUGCCCCUUAUAUAAGAAUCACUACUCCCCAAGGGAAGCCUGGUUGGGAGUAGUGGGAAAACUAGGUGACAAGAACCACCUCCAGCUCUUCUGAAAACUGGCUCAACAGGUCUCAAUGUGGCUAUGCAGGUAACCUGCCUAGGGAAACCAACAAUCACCUAUCCUGUCCCUUCUCCCCUUUAGUUUUCUCCCAUUGCCCCUCCUAAGGUUCUUCAAUCAAAUCAGAGCUUUCUUUAGCUGUCUCACUUAGACUUAAACCCAAACUAUGAGUCAGGACUCAAUGCUUUUCCAAGGUCCACUCCACCAUACUCCAAGCUAGUACAUUCUAUUCUUGUUGGUUAAUAUCUCCAUUAGUCCUUGAUAAUGUAUUGAUUAAGUCUUGGGCCAGCUAUUCCAUUUACCUUUAGGUUAUAACCACUUAGAUUACCUUAGCUCCCCUCAAAGCACUUGUUGGGCACAGGAAGAGACGGGGAUAUUGUUAAUGCAGUAGCCCCAUAGAUCUUGUAUUCUUUCCCCAAAAAAAAAUUUUUUAAAGUUUUAAUUCUAUACUGAGAGUUCUUUGUUGGUAUUGCAGGUAAGGGGGCUCACUCUCUGAGUUCCCACAGCAUGGCAAAAAGGAAAUUCCUAGUCCUACCUGCUUUUGCCCCAGCUGGCCCCAAAUCCCCUCUGAAAAGGUGCAGUUCAGGUGUCAGAUACAGCAGCCUACAAAGCAGGGGGAUUGAGUAAAAAAACAUGGAUGUUUUGGAUAGAGUGUCCUAAGCAAGGAAGGGCCAGGCUUUUGUCCCCAGAGAGAAGGAACAGGGGUUCCACAACCAUCACAGAGCAUGCCGUCUCCCAUCAGGCUCACCCCAGAGGUGAGCUCACACGGCUCUUUGUCAGCCUAAGGAUUAGUCAGCCACGAGGAGGAGGAGAGACACACAGCUCUGGGCUGUGUCUGGCAGGAAGGCUGGAGUUUCUGGUUACUGAGCUGAAGAGGGGUGAGGCUGGGGAGGGGCCCUGUUAGGGGGUGGGGGGAAGCCAGAGGCAGAGUCCCAGGCAGAGGCAGACAUCUGCCUGAGCAGAGGCAGCACACGUCGGCCACAACCACUGCCCACUGGGGCCAGGUGAACGAACACAGCAGUUUUGAACACUCCUGCUCCGAAGACCUACUCUACCACCCUGGGGACUCUAUUCAACCUCCACCCCAGGGAUGGAGCCACUUGUGGGUGUAAAAAUUGGCUGCCUGCUAGCCUUGCUGGCUCUCACUGUGUUCUGUGGCAUUAUUCCUAUCUGCUUCAAAUGGUUCCGGAUCCAUGCAGCCACAGGGAAGCACCGCCGGGUCCUCAGCCUCCUGGGUUGUGUGUCAGCAGGGGUGUUUCUGGGAGCAGGGCUUAUGCACAUGACGGCGGAGGCCCUGGAGGGCAUUGAUUCAGAGAUCCAGAAUUACAUCCUGCAGAAUAGGACAGGAAGCGAGGGAAAUUUUUCUGACACCACUGACUCAACUGAGGUGGAUUAUCCAUUUGGGGAGCUCAUCAUCUCCCUAGGCUUCUUCUUGGUUUUCCUGUUGGAGUCACUGGCGCUGCAGUGGGCCCCUAGCAGUACCAGGGGGUCAAAGACACAUGCAGAGGAAUGGGGUGGGCCCCCUGGGGCCCACUCCUUAAGCCUGCACAGCCACGGAUCCCCACCACCCCCCUCUCAGGGCCCUUUUAGGGCACUGGUUCUCUUGCUUUCACUCUCCUUUCACUCAGUGUUUGAGGGGCUAGCUGUGGGGCUGCAAUCCUCAGUACCGGCUGUGCUGCAGCUCUGCCUGGCAGUCCUGGCACACAAGGGACUAGUGGUGUUUGGAGUGGGGCUUCGAUUGGUGCAAACCGGCACAGGGCCACGAUGGGCCCUGAUCUCCAUCCUGGCAUUGGCCCUCAUGUCCCCCCUCGGCGUAGCUUUGGGGAUGGCUGUGGCUGGGGGAGAUCCUGAAGGAGGAAGGGCCUUAGCCCAGGCCGUGUUAGAAGGUGUGGCGGCUGGCACUUUCCUCUAUGUGACCUUCUUAGAAAUUCUUCCCCGCGAACUGGCUGCCCCCGAGUCCCCUCUUGCUAAAUGGGGCUGUGUGGCUGCUGGUUUUACCUUCAUGGCCAUUAUUGCCAUCUGGGCAUGAAGUGUCCCCCUAAUCUGAGAGACCAUCCUUCCCCACACAACUAGCCUGAGCAAACAUCCCCUGCUCCGAGUUGGCCCCAGGCCUGGGACAUUCUUACUGAGCCUCAGUGGCAGGCAUCCAGCAUCAUCCUCAUAGCUGGAUUCUGAGUUCCUUUGCAAGGUCUUUGUUUGGGUCACCCCGCUCUGAGAGAGCAGAGAGCUUGGGGUGCGGAGCAGCAGAGAAAGGGAGGACAGCAGGAUGAAGAUGGAGCCUUUCUGCCUGCUGCCCCAGACUUGGAGUACCCCACUCGGGGUACUGUGUGUCAAUAAACGUCAGUCCUCUGUCCACCUUA